AAACCCAAGCCAGAGGCCUCUCCGAGAGGCUCAUGGACCUGUUUGUCAGCAUCUCGCAGCUCAUUCACAAGGGUCGCAUCGAUGCUCCCACCGUCGUCUCCCGCAAGGCGUGGGGGGCCGGGCCGCUCACCUGCGGGGCCCCGCUGACCCCGCCAGUGACCUACGUCAUCACGGACCAGCUCCCGGGGCUGGAGUGCCAGGAGCAGGGCGUUUGCAGCGAGGCGCUGCGGGGCCUGCAGUCCAGUUCUGUCUACACCAGAGGCUGGUGCGACGUGGCCUACAACUUCCUGGUCGGGGACGAUGGCAGGGUAUACGAAGGUGUUGGCUGGGACAUCCAAGGCUUGCACACCCCGGGCUACAACAACAUCUCCCUGGGCAUUGCCUUCUUUGGCAAUAAGAUAGGCAGCAGUCCCAGCCCUGCUGCCUUAUCAGCUGCAGAGGGUCUGAUCUCCUAUGCCAUCCAGAAGGGUCACCUGUCACCCAGGUAUCUUCAGCCACUUCUCCUGAAAGAAAAGAUCUGCUUGGACCCUCAACAUGCAGUGACACCCAGGAAAGUUUGCCCCAGCAUCAUUCCACGAUCUGCCUGGAAAGCCAGAGAGACCCACUGCCCUGCAAUGAAGCUCCCAGCCAAAUACGUCAUCAUCAUCCACACCGCUGAUGCAAGCUGCAAUGUAUCCACAGACUGCCAGACAAUCGUCCGGAAUAUACAGUCCUUUCACAUGGACACAUGGGACUUUUGUGACAUCGGAUAUCACUUCCUGGUGGGCGAGGAUGGUGGUGUGUAUGAAGGUGUUGGCUGGCACAUCCAAGGCUCUCACACCUACGGCUACAACGACAUUGCCCUGGGGAUUGCCUUCAUGGGCUACUUCGUAGAAAAGCCUCCAAAUGCUGCAGCGCUGGAGGCAGCCCAGGACCUGAUCCAGUGUGCCGUGGUCAACGGGUACCUGACUCCCAACUACCUGCUGGUGGGCCACAGUGACGUGACCAACAUCCUGUCCCCUGGGCAGGCUCUGUACAACAUCAUCAAAACCUGGCCUCAUUUCAAACAGUGAGGGAGGCCCCGGCUCCUUCCUAGACUGCUCUUCCUCCCAGCCAGGUCUCCUGUCCUCACCAUACAGCCUGGCUCCACACCUU